AUGUCCAAGAUGCAUACCCAUCUACAGCACCUGGUUGUGAAAUGUUCCAAUAAUACGGGAGGUAUGAACGUACAGCCGGCCAAACUGGAAGUUGAUGGUGAACCCAUUUUCCUGAAACGACGUGUAAUUCCCUACGACCAACGUGAUGGUGUACUGCAGGCCCUUGAGAAAAUGGAGCGCGAUGGCAUAAUCACACGAGUCACAUCCAGUACGUUGGCAGCGCCAAUCGUGAUCGCAAUCAAGAGUGAAGGCAAAACACCGCGAAUUUGUGGCGACUACUGCUUAACACUCAACCCGAGGUUGCGAAAGUGUGCGGCUACCACCAUGGAACCGAAGGAUUUUGUGAAAGCAUUGCAAUGUAGUAUAUACUUCUCGAAGAUUGACUUGGCCGGAUGCAUACCUCGAGAUUCUACUCGCACCAACCUGCCGGCAUUUCACCACUAUCAACGCACCAUGGGGACUGUAUCAAUACAACUUCCUACCGUUUGGUCUCCGCACAUCCUCCGGCAUAUUCCAGGCGGCAAUUAA